AUGGCGCUGGCGGCCGGGGCGCGGCUGGGGCGCCGGCUGAGGGGACCCGGGCUCGGGCUCGGGCUCGGGCGCGGGCCCUGGAGGGCGGCCGGACGGUCGCGGAGUCGGCGUGAGGCGGCCGAGGCCGAGGCGGCCGCGCCCGUGUUGCAGUACGCGGGCGAGCGUGCGGCGCGCGCCCACCGCAUCUUCGUGUGGGGCUUCAGCUACUCGGGGGCGCUGGGCGUGCCCAGCUUCGUGCUGCCCGGCGCCGGGCCCGAGCCCCGCGCCGGCUCCCGGCCGCGCCGCAGGAUCCAGCCCGUGCCCUACCGUCUGGAGCUGGACCAGAAGAUUUCGUCUGCUGCCUGCGGCUACGGAUUCACCUUGCUGUCCUCCACGACCAAGGACGUCACCAAAGUCUGGGGAAUGGGCCUCAACAAGGACUCUCAGCUGGGAUUUCAAAGGAGCCGCAGAGAUCAAACCAGGGGCUACGAGUACGUUCUGGAGCCCUCGCCCGUGCCGCUGCCCCUGGACAGACCUCAGGAGACCCGGGUGCUGCAGGUGUCGUGUGGCAGAGCUCACUCGCUGGUGCUGACGGACAGGGAAGGAGUCUUCAGCAUGGGCAACAACUCCUACGGGCAGUGCGGAAGAAAGGUGGUGGAAGACGAAGUCUACAGUGAAAGUCACACAGUGCAUCGGCUGCAGGACUUCGAUGGGCAGGUGGUCCAGGUCGCCUGUGGCCAGGAUCAUAGUCUGUUUGUGACAGAUGGAGGAGAAGUGUAUUCCUGUGGAUGGGGCGCCGACGGGCAAACAGGUCUCGGCCACUAUAACAUCACCAGCACCCCCACCAAGCUGGGAGGAGACCUCGCUGGAGUGCACGUUGUCCAGGUCGCCACCUAUGGCGACUGCUGCCUGGCCGUGUCCGCCGACGGGGGUGUCUUCGGCUGGGGGAACUCCGAGUACCGGCAGCUGGCCUCUGUCACUGACUCCACACAGGUCAACGUCCCCCGGUGCCUGCCCUUCUCGGGAGUGGGGAAGGUGAAACAGGCCGCGUGUGGUGGCACGGGCUGUGCUGUGCUGAACGGAGAAGGACGUGUGUUUGUCUGGGGCUAUGGAAUUCUUGGGAAAGGACCAAACCUGGUGGAAAGCGCUCUUCCAGAAAUGAUCCCUCCCACCCUCUUCGGCUUGACGGAGUUCAGCCCCGAAGUCCGGGUCUCCCAGGUCCGGUGUGGACUCAGCCACUUUGCUGCUCUCACCAACAAGGGGGAGCUGUUCGUGUGGGGCAAGAACGUCCGAGGGUGCCUGGGCAUCGGCCGCCUGGAGGACCAGUAUUUCCCGUGGAGGGUGACGAUGCCUGGGGAGCCCGUGGCCGUGGCCUGCGGUGUGGAUCACAUGGUGACUCUGGCCAAGUCGUUCGUCUGAGUCUCCUGCCUGGCCCUGAGCUCCGAGCCACAGGCGCGACUCUGCAGGGGCAGGCCGGGGCCAGCAGCUGCGGGUCUUCAAUGCCGGCCAUGGAGGAUCGGGAUGGCCGUGCCCCAGCGAGGAUGAAGCCUACUGAGGGCCAGGGCAGGGUGAGGAGACUCUGCACGGCUCUGCUCUCUGGGGGACCUGGGAUGGCUUCCGGCGUCACGUGGGUGGUCUUAGAGAGGCCAGAGGUGACCCGACAGCCUGGCACCUGCGGCUGCCUCGGGCCAGGCUGGGCUUUCCUACUCAGCUCGCCCCUGCUCAGUGGCCACACCACAGGCUCGCUGCAGGGACACUGGCUUGGACGGGGGUUCCGCAUGGGGCCAGCAGCACAUGUGAGCCCUGAGUGGCCGCUCCCACCGCCUGACUUGGCAGCAUGGAGAAGCCCCCGCAGGGAACGAGCCGGCCUAGUGUUGUGGGCGGAGCCCCGGGCCUGGGAGGCGGAAGAACCAGAAAUCACAAAGUGUCUGAUGUAGGGCCCACCUUGUCUCUUUCCUUGGCAAACAGCCUUUAAAAAUGUCUUUUGGAAUAAAGUCUAUUUUGUGCCUUUCUUGUUUUU